AUGAACAGUGUUUGCUGCCUGGUCCUGGUCGCGCUGAGCCUGUGGCCGGAGAGAGCUGCUGCCCCAGGGCCACCCCCUGGCCCCCCGAGGGCUUCCCCAGACCCUCGGGCUGAGCUGGACAGCGCCGUGCUCCUGACGCGCUCCCUCCUCGCGGACACUCGGCAGCUGGCCGCGCAGCUGAGAGACAAAUUCCCAGCGGACGGAGACCACAACCUGGACUCCCUGCCCACCUUGGCCAUGAGUGCUGGGGCGCUGGGGGCCCUGCAGCUUCCGGGCGUGCUGACGCGGCUGCGGGCAGACCUGUUCUCCUACCUGCGGCACGUGCAGUGGCUGCGGAGGGCGGGCGGCCCUUCCCUGCGGACCCUGGAGCCAGAGCUGGGCGCCCUGCAGGCCCGGCUGGACCGGCUGCUGCGCCGGCUGCAGCUCCUGAUGUCUCGCCUGGCCCUGCCCCAGGCGGCCCCGGACCCGCCGGCGCCCCCGCUGGCCCCACCGGCCUCGGCCUGGGGAGGCAUCCGGGCGGCCCACGCCAUCCUCGGGGGGCUGCACCUGACGCUGGACUGGGCGGUGCGGGGCUUGCUGCUGCUCAGGACGCGGCUGUGA